AUGGAGUUAUGCUCUGGUUUUUGGUUUGGAGUGGCCUCUCCAGGACGCAAAGCCAGGAAGACCAAGAGCACCAAGACCACCAAGAGCACCAAGACCACCAAGAGCAGCAAGACCACCAAGAGCAGCAAGACCACCAAGAGCAGCAAGACCACCAAGAGCAGCAAGACCACCAAGAGCAGCAAGACCACCAAGAGCAGCAAGACCACCAAGAGCAGCAAGACCACCAAGAGCAGCAAGACCACCAAGAGCAGCAAGACCACCAAGAGCAGCAAGACCACCAAGAGCAGCAAGACCACCAAGAGCACCAAGACCACCAAGAGCACCAAGACCACCAAGAGCAGCAAGACCACCAAGAGCAGCAAGACCACCAAGAGCACCAAGACCACCAAGAGCAGCAAGACCACCAAGAGCAGCAAGACCACCAAGAGCAGCAAGACCACCAAGAGCAGCAAGACCACCAAGAGCACCAAGACCACCAAGAGCAGCAAGACCACCAAGAGCAGCAAGACCACCAAGAGCAGCAAGACCACCAAGAGCAGCAAGACCACCAAGAGCAGCAAGACCACCAAGAGCACCAAGAGCAGCAAGACCACCAAGAGCAGCAAGACCACCAAGAGCACCAAGACCACCAAGAGCAGCAAGACCACCAAGAGCAGCAAGACCACCAAGAGCAGCAAGACCACCAAGAGCACCAAGACCACCAAGAGCAGCAAGACCACCAAGAGCACCAAGAGCAGCAAGACCACCAAGAGCACCAAGACCACCAAGAGCAGCAAGAGCACCAAGAGCACCAAGACCACCAAGAGCAGCAAGACCACCAAGAGCACCAAGACCACCAAGAGCAGCAAGACCACCAAGAGCAGCAAGACCACCAAGAGCAGCAAGACCACCAAGACCACCAAGAGCAAAAAGUCUCCAAGUUUCCAACAGCCAACUUCAACUAGCACAUCAGACAGCAUUGACAAGCGCACUAAGCUGGGCAAUCUGCUCUCUCAUGUGCCCAAAGUGCACAUGGCUGGUGCACAAAUUCUAUUUCCAUUAUUACCGGGAUAA